AUGAGAAUGGCCCACAAAAAGGAGGAGCUCAGGCUGGAACGGCGGAGCAUAAGUGAUGCCUUGCUAUUGACGACGAUGUGCAUCAUUGGGAUGCCCGUCGACGUUCACGCCAUUGAUGGCUCUGUUUACUCUGGAACCCUCCACACCGCCUGGGUCGACAAGGAGUAUGCCAUCGUGUUGAAGAAAGCCACGAUGAUCAAGAAAGGGGACCUAGACGCAAAUGUAGCGAACGGGACUUUGAUAGAGACCCUUGUAGUUCGUUCAAAAGAUCUUGUCCAAGUGGUUGUGAAGGGAGUUGUGCUUCCUACUUAUGCCGAAGUGUUAAAAUCGAAUGAGCCUGAAGAGAAGACUGAACAAUUAUAUCAAUUAAGGCAGGUUGGAGAUGGUUCGCAAGAAAUACAGAGCGACGUCAACGAUAACCUGGGGUUCCUGGACCAGCGAACUAUGGAUGAAGCUCAAGUCUCAAGUCCCAGUAUCACCAGCUUUGUAGCUCAGUCAACUGAUGCUCUGAAUAUUCCAGAGGGUACUGUUCAACAUGAACCAACCGAAGUAUCUUCUGGUCGUUCUAGUGCACACCUGGAUGAGGAUCAAGGGAGACUUACUCCAAAUGAAUCCGUAUGUACAGUUAUUUCCCCACCAGAUAUUUGUGAUGCUUCAAUUCCCACUCUCGAAGUCGAAUCAGAUUCACGACUCAGGGCAUCAUCAGAUCCCUUCAUGUGGGUGCCUCCAAGAAGUUCGAGUGUUAAGAAAACUACAAAGGAAUCUAAGCUGAAUCAUGGAGCUCAGAGAUUUUACCCAUCAAUGUUGUACCAUAGAAUGGUGGAACCACAUGUGCGCCCCAAUGGGACAGGUGUUCCCUACAGGCCUGGUGCUUGCGCAUUAGCAUCAAGGGGACAUGUCACCCUUGCGCAUGGAGACAACAAUACACCAUAUUUUCAACCUAUUAUUGGACAAGUGGUGAACAGAGUGCAACCACCUGUUAUAUGUACUGGUCAAUAUCAGAAUUUUCAAACGGGGCCUGCUUAUGUUCAUCCAAAUCCACACAAUGUUAUGUUUGGACGAGGUGGGGGCCCUCUUGUUUAUACGAAUCCCAUCCCCAAUCCUGCACCUGGGCUAUCUCCAGCAACUCCACGACCGCCUUUAGCUCCACAUCAGCUGUACCUUCGUGAGCACCAAGGAAACUGGCCGUCCCAAGAACUGAGGCAUUACAUGACUGCCCCUUUAGUGGCAAAUGGACCUCAGCCAUAUGUGAUGCCAAGUCCCGUUCCCGUUUCGCAGCCAAUAUUACCUUUUGUACGACCUAUUGCAAUUCCAGGGACACAUGGUUAUUUGAGCGCCAAGUUUGUUUGA